GGCAUGGAAGUGAACAACCAAACCAGGGUCCAGAUGUUUAUCCUUCUGGGUUUUCCCAGCGUUCUAGAACUUCAGAGACUACUAUUUGUAGUAUUUCUUUGUAUCUACAUCCUCACUCUUGUGGAGAACACUAUGAUCAUCAUCCUCAUCAGGACAAAUAGUCACCUCCAAAAACCCAUGUAUCUCUUCCUCAGUCACUUAUCUUUCCUUGAGACUUGGUAUAUUUCUGUGACUGUCCCAAAGCUCCUGAUUAACUUCUUAGCAACAGAUAAAAGCAUUUCCUAUGCAGGCUGCAUAGCCCAGCUGUAUUUUUUCAUAUCCCUAGUCUGCACUGAAUGUGUCCUGCUGGCUGUUAUGGCUUAUGAUCGUUAUGUUGCCAUCUGCCACCCACUACGCUAUCCUGUUAUAAUGACAUCCCAGCUUUGCUUGCAGCUAGCAGUGGGUUCUUGGCUCACUGGUUUCCUAAUUUCUAUGCUGAAAGUUUUUUUCAUUUCACACUUGAGCUUUUGUGGGCCCAAUGUCAUCAACCACUUCUUCUGUGACAUCUCCCCUUUGCUCAAUCUCUCCUGCACUGACCGAACUGUGGCUGAAAUGGUUGACUUUGAAGGAAAAAGAAAAGCUUUUUCUACUUGUACCUCCCACCUCACAGUGGUUACUAUCUUCUACUCAGCUACACUCUUCAUGUAUGCAAGACCAAGGAGAAUCAACUCUUUCAACAUCAAUAAGCUUGUGUCAGUUGUGUACACUAUUGUUACGCCCAUGCUGAAUCCAUGCAUUUAUUGUUUAAGGAAUCAGGAUGUCAAGGAAGCACUGAAAAAAACAUUUUGCAGCUUCAGUCUUGAGAACAUGAUUAGUGAUCGUUAG